AGAUCCCAUACGAUGAGAGAAAAGUUUAGCUAUCACAGGUAGAUCAUAGAUUUAAUCACCAUACUCAUUAAAUACAAAAUUGAUACUACAACUCUUCAAAAUUUUAUUAGCUAUUGCAUGAAAAAAUUAUGUAUUUCUAUCCCCUUCAUUUAAAAAUAAAUGCGAGAUUUUUGCAACCAUAAAAUUUCUUCUGCCAUUAAAAUCCAAAAAAUAUGAUUAAAAACCUUAAGAAUUUGAAAAAGAAUUUUGGAUGUUGGAGCAAGAGUUUCAAGAUAAUGAUAUUUUUCAAAUAAAAAGAACUUAAAUUGAUGAAUUCCCAAAAACCUUUUCGUUCCAAAUUUAGAAGGAAAAAACAUGCAUUAAACUAGCUAAUUUACGACCCAAGUUCUGACAAUGAAUAGUUUACCAUUUAUUUAAAAAAAAAAAUGGUGUUUGAAGCCAAGUUCUUUGAAAGCUGAAAUUUUUCUUUGAGAGAGGUAUGUUUGAGACAAAUAUUUAAUAAAAAGAGAGACUGAGAGAGAAGACUGGGCACUGUCUCUUCUAGGUAAGCUAGUGGGUAGCAAACAUCGAGGAAGAGGAACAACCAUGUCUUUUCACUAAAAAGGGGAGAGAGGUAGACAUUUUUCCUUAAAAUAUGACAAUGAUUGUAGGCUAAAGAGAAUAGAGAGGCACCAGGCCAUAUAACACCCAAACCCAAACAGCAUGAAUCACACUCCUUGCGUGUGGAUCAUUCAAACUUUGUCUUUCAAGUGUUUGGUGGUUGCGCCUAACUCGUUUCAUUAUACAUCCCUCUCCGAUUUCUGCAAGAAGAUUCUCCUUGACAGACUUUAAUUAAAUGAUUUUCGUCCAAAAACGAAAGGAUAAAGAGAAAUAAUAUAAACUAACCUUUACCCAAAAAGAAAAAAAUAUAUCCACUAACCUGAAAGCAUCAACCAUCCCAUUUAAGAAAGCGGAGAAAGGGCCAUGAAGACUUGACACUCUUUCUAAUCUAAAAUGGCUCUAAAGUAAAACCCAUAAAAGGUUGAACCAGAGUUCGCCAGAUUCCAGUUUUCAGGUAACACAUACGUAUAUGAAUAAAUCCUUUUCAAAAUGUACUUUCAGUUGCAAUUUCACGUCCAAAUUAAAAUAAGGGAGAGAAAGUAUCUCAAAUAGACACCCACGAAAGACGUUAGAGGUGGGGCUUAAUAUUGACAGUUAAAGCUUCAGCAUCACCCACCAGCCACAGAUGAAUCACGAGUAAGUACUCUGCAGAUUACAGAACCAUUCUCUUAGUGUAAAAUUUCAACUCAGAUUCUUCAUUGCCCAAACCCCAUUUUCCAUGGCUCAAUCAGUUUCUCCUUUCUUGUCGAAAUUUCCUGUGAUGAUCAUAGCCUUCUGGGUAUUGACUAAUGCUUAUGGCACGUUAGGCUGCAACUAUACAUCCAUUAUCAGCUUUGGUGAUUCACUCGCCGAUACUGGAAACAUUGUUCACAGUGGAGGUGGUCCAGCUGCCAAACUGCCUUAUGGGGAGACAUAUUUCCAUCAGCCCACAGGUCGAUCCUCAAAUGGCCGCCUCAUCAUCGAUUUCCUCGCUGAGUCUCUGGGGCUUCCAUUGGUACCCCCAUACCUUGGAGGUGGAGACUUUAAGCAGGGAGUGAAUUUUGCGGUGGCAGGAGCUACGGCACUUAACUCCUCCUCCUUACAAGGGAUAGUAGGUACCACUUUCGCCUUCACCAACUCUCUGGAUGUUCAGCUCGGAUGGUUCCAAAAGCUAUUGCCUUCUCUUUGCAACUCUUCCUCAGACUGCAAUGAAUACUUUGGAAGAUCUCUAUUUCUUGUUGGAGAGAUUGGAGGGAACGAUUACAAUUACCCAUUCUUUCAAGGAAACAGCGUUAAAGUGGUUCAAGCCUUGGUUCCACAAGUCAUCAGUACCAUCUCUUCAGCUAUCACUAUGUUAAUCGCUCAUGGUGCUGUGACACUAGUGGUUCCUGGGAAUCUACCAAUUGGAUGCUUUGCUAUUUAUCUAAAAAUUUUCAGGAGUCAAAACAAGAAUGAUUAUGAUCCUCAAACUGGUUGCUUGAAUUGGUUGAACGAGUUCUCGCAGUACCAUAAUAGUCAACUUCAGAAAGAGCUUGACCGACUACAAACUCUCUACCCGAAUACAACCAUCGUCUAUGCUGAUUACUAUAAUGCUUCCAUGCUCCUCUAUAGCUCUCCAGACCAAUAUGGAUUUAGUGGAUCGGCCGUCAAAGCAUGCUGUGGAGGUGGGGGGCAAUAUAAUGUUGAACAGAGUAACCCAUGUGGUUCUCCUGGUGCAAGUGUUUGCAGUGAUCCAUCAUCAUAUGUGAGCUGGGAUGGCAUUCACUUAACUGAAGCAGCUUAUAGAAGGAUGGCCAUGGGUUUUAUUCAAGGACCAUACAUUGUUCCUCCUCACAUCAAUAUGUCAUGUGUGCCACUGUCACAGAGCACUUCUAAUAAUUCAUCAGCACAGAAUGGUAGUAGUUCUUAUUCUCCAGUUCUCACCUCGGUCUGGAGUAUUCUUACGUUGGCAAUCUUCCCCUUCUUUGCUCACUUACUUCUUGAGUAGGUUAUUGGAGGUUCCUCUUGAAACUAGGAGUCGGAUUUGUUAAAUUCUCAAGGAAAUAAAACUCUUAUUAAUGUCAGAUUAGCCAAGAUUUUUCAGGGAUUAGUUUUCUAUUCAAGUUUCUACAGAAAACUGCGAACUGUUGUGUCGAGGCUACCUUUCUUUUGUUGUUGCAGGCUUCUCUGUUUUGGCUAUAUUGCCUGUUUGUGACUGUAAUCUUCUUCCGGGAGAAAAAUUCUUCUCCAAAAGAACAUAGAUAAAUGGAAUCUACUUUUCAUCUCCA